AUGUCGCAAAUGGUUUGGCUGCUUACAUUUGCACUGAUUGGUUCAUGCUUGGCUAUGCGCCAACAGUCAGUUGCAGUGCGCGGUCAACUGCUCUGCGGUGAACGACCGGCUGUCGGUGUCAAGGUGAAACUAUGGGAUGAGGACGAUGGGCCCGAUCCAGACGAUGCACUGGACGAAAUGUACACGGACCAUAAUGGCAACUUUCGCCUUCAGGGAUCUACUCGUGAGUUGACAAACAUAGACCCUGUUCUCAAAAUUUAUCACGACUGCGACGACGGUAUUAAGCCCGGUCAAAGAAAAUUGAAGUUUUACAUUCCGGAUCACUACAUAAGCAGCGGUGGUCGACCAAGGAAGAUGUUCAACAUCGGAACUCUCAAUUUGGAGACAAUAUUCAAAUGCGAGGAGCGCGACCUCCUAUGA